UAUUUUUUUCCUCCUCCAGUCUCCCACAGUCAAAUCACUCGCCUGUACAGUCGCUUCACCAGCCUGGACAAAGGAGAAAAUGGCACUCUUAGCCGUGAAGACUUCCAGCGGAUUCCAGAGCUUGCCAUCAAUCCACUGGGAGACAGGAUUAUCAAUGCCUUUUUUUCAGAGGGAGAGGACCAAGUGAAUUUCCGUGGAUUCAUGAGGACUCUGGCCCACUUCCGACCCAUAGAAGACAAUGAAAAGAGCAAAGACCAGAAUGGACCGGAACCACUGACCAGCCGAAGUAACAAGCUCCACUUUGCUUUUAGAUUAUAUGAUCUAGACAAAGAUGACAAGAUUUCCAGGGAUGAGCUGCUUCAGGUGUUACGGAUGAUGGUUGGUGUAAACAUUUCUGAUGAGCAGCUGGGCAGUAUUGCUGACAGAACCAUCCAGGAAGCUGAUCAAGAUGGGGACAGUGCCAUCUCCUUUGCAGAGUUCGUAAAGGUUUUGGAGAAGGUGGAUGUAGAACAGAAAAUGAGUAUUCGAUUUCUUCACUGAUGGAUGGAGAACCUGUUCCUUUCUACCCUUGUAUGUAUAGGGAAUAGAACUUAAUUUUCUCCCUACCACCUUUCCCCAGACCAUUGCUACUGGUGCAUGUGAAAUACAUCUCCAAACCCUCCCUGGUUUGUUCUACUGAUGUGAAUAUUCUCCAUGCAUCAGGAACAAAGGGAAAUAGCUGCAGUGCAACUUGGAAAGGAACGUUU